AUGAUUGGGGUACCGCUCAUCGAGCAGUUGUUGUUCCGGGUUUUCCAAGACCAGAUCUUCGAUGAUCCCGUUGACAGGCUCAACUACUUUUACACAGCUUCGAUCCUUGCCUUUUUCGCUAUCAUGGUCUCAGCUAAGCAGUGAGUGGAAAAUUAAUGAAUUUGUGAUGAAAACUCUUCGAUUGCAGAUACGUUGGCUCUCCGAUCCAGUGCUGGAUGCCGAUGGAGUUCAAAGGCGGUUGGGAACAAUAUGCUGAGGACUACUGCUUCAUCCAGAACACGUUCUUCGUUCCGUUCCAUGAGGAGAUUCCUGGCGAUAGCAGCGCUCGCGAAGAGGUAAUAAUUCGGAAAACCAGCAUUUCUUUGGGAAAAGCGACUACAAGCGUGGUUUUGAAAAACGGUCCAUAAGAAGCAGCGUACGUUUUCACAUCUGUUCGAAGCGCACAAAUUUAGUCGCCAAUGAGAGCGUUUUUCAUCCUCUGCAGAUGGGAGCGUUAUUGGUCUGCAGGGUUUACGGUGUAUCGGUGGAGCGCAAAUGAUGUUGUCGGCAGCGGGAACGCGCAAAACUCAAAAUUUCCUCGUUUUUUUAGAAGUUCCUUGCUAUGUUUGAAAUUGAUAAGCAGUUGCUGGUUUUUCUGAUUACAAUUUUUUUGAUCUGAAUAGCAAAAAUAUAUUAUUAAGAUUGUGCCAGUGUGUGACCAUUUCAAAAAAAUAAAAUUAUAUGAGCGAGAGUAAUAGACAAAAUGAAUUUUUUUUUUUUCAGAAUAGUAGUUGACCAAGAACUAAAUCUAAUAAAUUGCAGCGUGAGAUUGGCUACUACCAGUGGGUGCCAAUCACUCUGGCCAUCCAAGCGAUCCUCUUCUUCAUCCCCAACUGGAUAUGGAACAUCAUGCACAAGCACAGCGGUAGGAGUUUCAGCAGCGUAUCUCUAUAACAUUUCGAAAUACUUCAGGCCUCGAUCUCGAGACGGUUGUCAACGAAGCUCACAAACUGCGCAACUAUCCUUCCGAACAGCGUAGCCAGGCCUUGGCCAAGCUAGCGUCUUAUAUUUCUGAAUGCCUCGAGUUCAAGAGUGUCAACCGCAGAACUACUCGCAUCUGCUGCUGGCAGUGGGUUUUUUAUUUAUUUAUCCGUGACCCUCAUAUUUCUUUUUACUUCACAACUUAUCUAGCUUGGUCAUUUUCCAGAGUUGGAUCGGGCUUGGGCUCAUAUAUCUCCAUGCUCUACCUGAUGAUCAAGCUACUGUAUCUUGGUAACGUCCUCCUCCAGUUCUACAUCAUGACGGUUUUCCUCGGCAACGACCACCUUCUUUGGGGUUUCCAAGUACAAGAAUGAUACUUUAAUAAGAUAUGUCCCCAAUAAACAUAUUCAGACGUUCCUUGAUCUUUACGAAGGCCGAGAAUGGUCUGAGUCCGGGGUCUUCCCCCGCGUCACGCUUUGCGACUUCAAAGUCCGUCGCUUGGCCAAUAUCCAUCGUUACACAGUUCAGUGUGUGCUCAUGAUUAACUUGUUCAACGAGAAAAUUUACCUGUUUUUGUGGUGAGCUGAAUUUAAUUAUCUCUGAAGUCAUAAUUGAUUUCGAUGCAGGCUGUGGCUUUUGGCGGUUCUCCUCUGCACGUUCAUCAAUACCGCAUAUACCUUCUACCGUCUGGCUUUCACUUUCAGCAGAGAAAGUUCUGUAAAGAAACUUCUUGGACGUGAGAAGGUACAAAAAAAAUAUUCAGCAGAAAUAAACGGUUUGAUGCAGGAUUUGAUCGACGAUGACCAGACGGACAACUACCGCCAUAAGCGUUGCUUCCGCUCUUUCACGCAGCACGCGCUUCGCCCAGGUAAUCAAUUCAUUCAAAAAUUGUGAUAAUGUUCGUGAUUUCAGACGGAGUGCUGCUUCUGCGUUUCAUUGAGUGUCGUGCUGGAGCCCUGGUCGCUAGAGAAGUCACUGAGCGCCUUUACAACGAUUACCUUGAAAUGGUGAGAGAAGAAUAAGCUUUCAAAUUAGAACAAAACAAUAAUGUUAAGUGUGCCUACAAUUUAACUGGUCAGUCCACGAAGUCGACUUCUCCUGGCAUGGAAGAAGGUCCUCACGAAAGUCUCUACCAUCCGCAGAAGAUGGGUGGCCUUAUGGAACCGGACUUCGCUAUCAAACAGGCCUAA